AUGUCGACGUCAGAAGGCAGUUCUUCAACAUCAAUGGAAAUUUCUCGCGUAGCGAUUAAAGCCCCACCAUUUUGGCAUGCGGAUCCCUUGCUCUGGUUUAAACAAAUGGAAUCGCAAUUUUUAAUGGCAGGCGUAACGCAAGAUUCCACGAAAUUCCAUACGAUUGUCGCAUCAAUUGAGAGCAGCAUCCUUGAAAAGGUUCAUGACAUCGUAAUCAAUCCCCCAGCUGUGAAUAUGUAUGGAACAUUAAAGGACAAAUUGGUGAGCUGUUUUUCCGAUUCCGAAGAAAAACGUUUGAAAAAACUCCUGACAACAAUCGAACUUGGAGACAAGAAGCCAUCCGAAUUAUUGAGCGGGAUGCGAAGUUUGGCUCAAGGUAAGGUAUCGGACGAGAUUUUAAAGCAACUUUGGAUACAGCGUCUUCCCAGUCAGAUGAAAGCAAUUCUUUCCGUCAGCGAUGACAACUUGGAUAAGCUUGCCACAAUGGCCGACAAAAUUUCCGAUUGCGCCGAUUCAGAAGUGUGUGCGGUUACUCCUUCCAACAGCCGUCUUGAGGAUAUAGAGAGAAAGCUAGAGAAUCUCUGUGCAAAGAUGGAUUCAUUUGGAAAAUCAAGAAGCCGCAGCAAAUCAAAGACUGGAAAACGAAGUCGAUCCAAAUCAUCGAAGAGAGACAAAUCGCUUUGCUGGUACCAUUUUAAGUUCGGGGACAAAGCGAAAAAGUGUGUGUCUCCGUGCAAUUACAACGCUUCGGAAAACUAA